AUGGAAUUACUCAAUCCAAAUAAAUUUUUAGGGUGCUUAGGAAGUCCCUAUGAAAGCGUUUGUGAAUGUAUGACUCUUAAAACAGCUGUAAUUCACUUGGCAAUUAUUGAUGUCAUAAUUGGAAUUCUAAGAUUACUCUAUCUUAUCAUGACACUUAAUGGAUUUUUUGGUCACUAUAUUUCUUUGGUCAACAUUUCAUCCAGCUUUAUUGAUAUAAUUUCCAUAGUAUGUAUAGUUUUUGCUAUUACAGGAGGCAUAUCUGGAAUGACGAAGAUUAAAUCAGAAAAAAUCCACCAAUACAGUGCUUUCAAGAUUUUUGAAUUUAUUGCAAUAACCAUUCUUACUUUGAUAUUUUCAAUCUCACAAUGCUAUACAAUAGAUGGGAAAUGUAAAGACUUCGGAUUUCUUGUGUUUGGGCUUUUAUUCUGUAGAUUCGUAUAUAUGUUUGCUAUUAAAGUUAUAUGGAGUGCAGAUGUGAAAAUGAGGUCUAAUGAAGUAAUACUUGUAUUGCAUGGAAAAGAUGCACCAGUUUACACAUUGCAUGCUCAACAAGAAGAAUAAUAAAAUGAUUAUGCACAGAAAUGGUUUAAUCUAUAAACGUUUCCUCCUCCACGAAUUUUAUAAUUAUGGGGUUCGGUUUAUCUGGUAAAAUGUCAAAUAUGACUCACCGUAUAAGGUAAGCCACUUGGCCCGAAUUCUAGGGCGCAUAAUAGUUUUACCGCUUACACACCCGAAGAGGGCGACCCUUAGGCGGAACACGAGCAGGAGUCAAGUCUAGAGUGAGGCCAAUGAGAACAGUGGGGGCUUUCUUGCCCUCUGGUGGGUAUUCUGGAAUGUUUGCUGGACAAGAAGGCUGUCGACGUCAUCAACUGGGGAGCUAAAAGGGAGGUUUCGAUAUGCUCCAUGGAGAAGAGAAUACCACUUUAAAAACCUGGGUAAUUAUCGUUAAUUAAUGCUCAACAAGAAAUUGGAACAUAUCAGCCUCCUAAUGCAUAUGAAGAAAUCGAUUUAUAA